GCAGCUGGUGCAAGUGCUCAGUCCUCAGGCUUGCGGCCAGUCGGGAGGUGCGCAGCGCCAGUGUUGCAGAGCGCUCCGCUGCCGUUUACCCGCGGCUUCCCAGAGUCCGAAUCCCCGAUCUUCCUGGCUGUCCAUCAUUUUCCAACCUGACGUCAUUGGCUUCCUGGUUGGACAGUCCAAAUUUGGGGGAAGCUGCGUGAGAGUCAGUACCAGCUAGUUGGACGUUUCUGUCCGCAUAUUGUUUCUGUACAGUAAUGUAAAUUUGCAUUUUUAUGCAAACUAUUUACCUACGAUUUGCGGUGGGAGGAGGUUGUGUUUAUUUCUUCAACGCGAGGAAACUGCUGCUUAAUUGGGAAUGUACCAAGGUAUCCGAAUCUUGCUUGUGGCAGCAGUCGUCAUCGAUGCCAUCUGGGUCUCAGUUUGCACAGUGGACGUUGUUGCUGCAAUUAAAUUCACUCAAGUGAUCACUUAUCCCAUUGCGGACAGUGUCGGUGGCAUUUCGAGUUGAUCGAAGACCCCUUUGUUUGCAAUUCGCGCUGCCUUUUGGAUUAGGAGGCCAGGGAUUCCUCUGGGAAGACUUUCCCAAGCCUCCUGCUAAACCUGCUUCCCUCCGUUUGACUUGUUUGAUUCUGUAGACCCCAUGGAAAAUUGAAUUUCUUUACACACAUCAUUUGGAGCUGGCGGAAACUAAGUUGGAUGGAUGUUGCUGACGUAUAACACUGGGUUCUGACAGUUUCCCUUGUGGUGUCUGUGUGGAGAAGGCCACACACACUCCAUUACAACGACGGCUUUUGCUUGCGUUUUCCAGUGUUUCUUCUGUCAGAGAGUGCACCAGGCCUGUAACUCUUCGACUGCCAGCCCUGAGCUCAGCAGCGAAGAACACCCGUUGGAAAUGGUAAAGAUGACUAAAUCAAAAACCUUCCAGGCUUACCUGCCAAACUGUCACCGGACGUAUAGUUGCAUCCAUUGUCGAGCCCACCUGGCCAAUCACGAUGAGCUGAUUUCCAAGUCGUUCCAAGGUAGCCAGGGACGUGCAUACCUGUUCAACUCUGUGGUGAAUGUGGGCUGUGGUCCUGCUGAGGAGAGAGUACUGCUGACGGGAUUGCAUGCUGUAGCGGACAUCUACUGUGAAAACUGCAAAACCACUCUGGGAUGGAAAUAUGAACAUGCCUUUGAGAGCAGUCAGAAAUAUAAAGAAGGAAAAUUCAUUAUUGAAUUGGCCCACAUGAUUAAAGACAAUGGGUGGGAAUGACCAGCGUGGUGCUGACCCCUGCUGCUAUUUUAAGACUGUAUGAGGCUGAUCUAAUGGACAGAAAAUGCUCUGCUAUGGGACAGCUCUAAUAACAUUUGAUGACAUUUUUUAAAAAAAAACCUUACAGCUGAACCAUUGAUGUCGCCUUCUUGUCAGCCCUUUUUGCUUUUUUAAUCUCUGUAGGUUUGGUGUUCUCUCCUGUGAAACACUGUAGACAUCUAUAGAGGAAUUGUCCUUUUCCUGCGCUCUUUACAGUUUGAGUGAAAGGAGAAUAAUUGAAGUUUUAUUUUUGGGAAGUGUAGCUUUACAAAUGACUGUUCUGAACUUGGCUGUCCUCCCUUCCCUGUCUUUAAACUCCACUGUGUAUCUCUUCUAUUGCUGUGCAUGCUUUUACACUAGAAAAUUGGAUGAGCUGAGCAGCAUAGAGAGGGUUGAGGAGGGAGUUAUGUAUGUAUAUACAUAUGUAUAUAUCAUACAUCAUAAAUGUAGCAAUUUUAUUUUUAAAAGCAAGUUGUUUCGGGGCUUGGGAUAAUGGUCGCAAUGUUAUGGCAUUGAGAUAAUUGAAUCCCAUUGGUUGCAAUUGAUUUCUUCUGUUACUUCCAAACUGUGGCUGAUGUCUAGGAGGCAAGAAUCUAGUGUUCAACAGCUGCAGUGUUGGUGGGGAACAGUUGGGUGAGAAAGAGGAACCACUGAAAUUCUUUAUAAAAAGAAAAGACAUGUGGCUGGUUCCAUGUAUUGCCGUACACUAAUGCACUGGACAAAACCAGGCACAAAAAGAGGUCUUCUGGAUGUGAUAUGCAUUUUCUAAGUGUAGAGCUGGGCUCCUCGUCUGUGGACCGUUACGACUUUAACUGAACGCAGGAAGUUCCUUUGCACGUGCCUGGGAAAUGGGGAUUCAAAACUAGACCCACAAUCAGAACUUUGUUUUUGUUCCUUUUAAAAUAAUUAGAUAUUUUUACCUUAUCGCAUUCUCCUGUUCUGAUCCUUGCCCCCUAGAUUUAUUUUUUGGCGGAUGGCCGUUCCCUGUUGGAGUGUGGAUAGUUUUUUUUGGGUGCAAUGGUUUGCUGGUUAAAUCAUUUUCUUUUGUCGUGUGGGCUCACUACAUGCAACAAUGCACUCUGCUGCUAAAAGUCUCUUGUGCAGUGUUAACAGGAAGGUCUAUUUAAAAAAAAAAAAAAAAAUCUGCUUUUGCGUGAUUCUCUUCCCCACCCCGCCUUUAUUUUUUUCAUUUUUAAAAAAGGUGUUGUCCCAAGUGAGAUUGCUCUCAUUUCCUAUCAAAUAAAUGGUGUUCUUAUCACCGCUUAAAUGUAACUUUUUUUUUGCCUGCACUCUUGCUGUCAGAAUUCUCUUUCCCUGGUGCGGUGCAAUGAUUUUGGAAUUCUUUGGGGGAAGGGUCCUGGUCACAUGAGCACCGCUGAAGGAGGGGGAAAAUGGGGCCAGUCUGGUUACUGAGCCAAUUUCCAGCAGGGUCACACUACAGAAAUUAUAUACUUGAAGCAGACUACAGAUCGAAAAUCUUGUUAAACCAGUUUCCCUAUAUAUAUAAACAUUUUUUGUACAUUUAGAAGAAAAAAAAAGCAUAUUUAAGGUUUUAUACAUAUUUUUACUGGGUAAGUUGAUUUUUGCUUCCCCUGCCUGAGCACUUUUGUUCUCUGGAACUUGUCUUUUGUUUCUAUAACACACUGUCUCUUUGUAACCUGAUUUAAAAGUUGUUUUUCUUAUUUUUGAGAAAUUCUCUCCACUUUUAACUUCUUUUAUUUUUAGUAAAAUAAUUGAUUUUUGGGGGUGGGGUGGUGGGGGUGGAGGCAGCUCUUCCUGGACCAAUCGGGCAGAACGAUGAGCUGGCCAAUCCCAAGUGAAAUCUGUCAGUUUAGCCUUCAGAGACAUGGUAACACAUUCUUUUUAAACUUUGUAUUUUGCUUUCCCAAAAUCAAAAUGAUAGCUGUCUUGGUUUUUGUUCUCUGUAUAUUUGAACUUUGAGUUUUAUUGAGGCUUUAGGGUGUUAAUAUAUGUCCAGUAUGUGAGCAGUGCUCUGCAGAGCAAUGAUUGGUAGUGACUGGUGCAAGGGUGAAGCAACAGUCUGAAGUGUGCUUUCUACAAGAAUGGUUGAUGAUAUUACAAGUUCUAAAGCUUGUUCUACAUUAGAGAUGUAAUGAUUUUUGUGCCUGAAUUCUUUUUAUAAUUUUUGAGAAAUAAAUGUUUGAAUGGUUUCUCCCCCCACUGCCCCCCCCCCCUUCCCCUAUAGCUAUUGGGACUAUACAUUGCUUUGCUGAUCUGUCUUGAAACUACAUCAACUUUGUGCAGCAACUCACUGUAUUGUACUGAAGUUAAAAUAAAGACUUUCACCAGGA